AUGCAGGGCUCCGGCGCUUCUCCGCUCCGGCGGGGCUCCUUCCUCGCCCUCUUCCUCCUGGCGGCAGCGAGAGGUGACCUCUGCGAAGUCAACCAGUGUCUGAACGGAGGGACCUGCCUCAUCGGCGUCGACAGCUCUCCUUUCUUCUGUAUCUGUGCCGACGGCUUCACGGGGAUUGUUUGCAAUGAAACCGAGACAGGCCCCUGCCACCCAAAUCCCUGCCAGAACAGCGGCGUGUGCCAGCUCGUCCCCAGUCGGGGAGAUGUCUUCAGCAAAUAUGUCUGCCAGUGCCCUUUGGGGUAUGAAGGCAAACAUUGCCAGAACACAUCUUCCUCCUUUUCAGCCUUAGACAUGGACGAAUGCGCUUCACGACCGUGUCAGAACGGCGGGAUCUGCUUGGAUCUGGAAGGAGACUACGCCUGCAGAUGCAUUUCACCCUACUUGGGGAAGACCUGCAAUGUCCGCUGUGCCAAUGUCCUGGGCAUGGAGACGGGCUCCAUUGCAAACUCCCAGCUCACAGCUUCGUCUGUGCACUAUGGCUUCCUUGGCCUGCAGCGUUGGGGUCCUGAGCUGGCGCGCCUGAACAACAAGGGGAUUGUGAACGCCUGGACCUCGAGCAAUUAUGAUCGGAACCCCUGGAUUCAGGUCAACCUGCUGAGGAAGAUGAGGCUUUCCGGGAUCUCCACACAAGGGGCGCGUCGCGUCGGCCGGGCGGAGUAUGUCCGAGCCUACAAAGUGGCCUACAGCCUGGACGGGCGGGAGUUUGUGUACUUCAAGGAUGCGAAGCGAGAUCAUGAUAAGGUUUUUGAAGGCAACGCGUACAACGACGUCUCGGUGACCAAUCUGUUCAACCCGCCCAUCACUGCCCAGUACUUCCGUGUCUAUCCUGUGGUCUGCCGUCGGGCCUGCACCUUGCGCUUUGAGCUGAUGGGCUGUGAAAUGAAUGUGUAUUUCAACACGGCAGGUUGCUCGGAGCCCCUGGGCAUGAAAUCCCACCUCAUCUCCGACGAGCAGAUCACGGCUUCCAGCGUGUACAAGACGUGGGGCAUCGGCGCUUUCACUUGGCACCCGCACUAUGCCCGCCUUGACAAGACGGGCAAGACCAACGCCUGGUCUGCCCUCACCAACGGGCAGGGGGAAUGGCUUCAGGUCGACCUUAAGAAAGAGAAACGGGUGACCGGGGUCAUCACGCAAGGGGCUCGUGACUUUGGGCAUAUUCAGUAUGUGGCUGCCUACAAGGUGUCCUACAGCAGUGACGGAACGACCUGGACGCUGUACAGGGACAACGGGACAAAUAGCACAAAGAUAUUUGAAGGGAACUCCGACAACUACUCGCAUAAGAAGAACGUCUUCGACGUGCCCAUCUACGCCCGCUUCGUGCGCAUCCUACCCGAAUCCUGGCACAACCGCAUCACGUUGCGUCUGGAGCUGUUGGGGUGCGACGAGUAG